GGGGGGUUGCAGACCCCGGGUGCGGCGGCGCAGGCGGUGCGGGCGCUGGUGCUGGUGCCCUCCAAGGAGCUGGGGCAGCAGGCGGUGCUGAGCCUGCGGCAGCUGGCGGCCUUCUGCGCCCGCGACGUGCGCGUCGCCGACAUCUGCGCCCACGCCGACCUCGCCGCCCAGAAGCCGGUGCUGAUGGAGAGGCCGGAGGUGGUGGUGGGCACGCCGGGCCGGGUGCUGGCGCACCUGGAGGCGCGCAGCCUGGUGCUGAGGCACUCGCUGGAGCUGCUGGUGCUGGACGAGGCCGACCUGCUGCUCUCCUUCGGCUUCGGAGACGACCUCAAGGCCCUGCUGUGGUGA